AUGAAAAGCUCGCUUUUCAGAUGGGCGCCAAAGGCACCGUUCAAAACCAGCGGCAAGCGGUUCGACGAUUUGUUUGUCAACCCCAAGGCACCUAAGAAAGCUUGGGAUGGCCAAGACAAGGACAGCUUUUUCAGAGACAAGUAUGCACAUGUUCAUGCAAAGCAGCUUCAGCGUCGCAAAGAGGAGCAGAACGCCAAAAAAAAACGAGAAGGCGGCUCCAAGAAGAUUGCAGUUCCGGCGCCCAAACCUGAUAAGUUAUUUGCUGAGCGGAUCAAAGCCCAGAUGGACAAGGAUUCCCGGCUCGAGCAUAUGUUUGGAACUUCGGCUGUGCUGGCGGCACUGGAGACUCGUCAAGCAGUAAAAUUGUACAGUGGUAAUCGCAGUGCCGACACAGAUAUUGCGAUCAUGAAAAAAUGCUCAGAUCUAGACGUACCAGUUGUCACCUCUGUGCCGGCCCAGCACUUGAACAUUUUGACCAACAAUGGUGUGCACAAUAAAUACGUGUUGACCGUUCACAAGCGAGAGUUUCCUUCAGUGGUUGACUUGCCUCUUGUUGCGGACGAUAUCAUCGUUGGCGAGGAGUUGAAACUGAAGCCGAAACGCACCAAUCCUUUAGGGCUCUACAUUGAUGAAGUCACUGAUACCCACAACAUGGGGGCUAUUUUGAGAUCAGCGUACUGGUUUGGAGUUGAUUUUGUGAGUUUUUCACGACGCAAUUGUGCGCCAAUUUCUCCUCAGGUCGUCAAAGCCAGCGCGGGCGCUGCUGAGUUUCUCCCCAUACUGGAGGUUCCUCAGCCCCUGAAAUUCUUUGAGAAUCUCACAAAGAACAACUGGAACGUUAUCUCGUCCACCACGCCUUCUUCGCGACACAAGCUCCCUGCUGUUUUGCCCGAAGAGCUGCCCAAGCUCUUGGAAGACGGGCCCUGUUUGCUUGUUGUAGGAUCCGAAGGCGAAGGUAUUCGAACGAGUUUGCUGCAGCGUAGUACGCAUCGCACGGCUCUUGAGGCGGUUGGACAGCAAAUCGAUUCGCUGAAUGUCAGUGUGGCCACGGCCCUUUUGCUGUCUGCGUUUGGAGCGCCAAAAUAA